GUCUGCUGUGUGUGAAUAGGGAUCCUUAUGUUGAACUAUGAUAGAGAGAAGAUAUAGUAACUACAGAAAACGGUUUGUGGGUGAAUAUGGAUCAGCAAAUUUAAACUUCUUCAUGAAAAGGUGAAAAAGAAGCAGAACAAAAAAAUGGAGGUGAAGAUUUUGAAAGAUGCUCCUCGGCCUCAUCAAUUAGCUUGUAUCAAAUUUUGGGUUGUUGUAGCUGCAAUAAUAGUUCUCCUGCUAUGGGUUUGUGCGAUGCAGUUGGAAACAUUGGAUGACAAAACCAUAGCCUCAUUCUAUUAUCCACUUUCUUUCCCAUCUGAAAGGGUUUAUAAAAACAAUGGAUACCUAAUGAUUUCAUGUAAUGGAGGAUUGAAUCAGAAGCGUCUUGCUUUUUCUGACAUGGUUGUCGUUGCAAGAUAUUUGAAUGCUACUCUCAUUCUUCCUGAAUUCGCUAAUGGAAGUUACUGGAAUGAUAACAGCACAGUUGCAGAUAUCUUUGAUGUGGAUUAUUUGAUUACAUCUCUGAGAGAUGAAGUCCAUAUACUGAGAGAGCUGCCUGCAGAGCAAAAGAGAAGACUGGAAUUGGAAUAUCCCUACUCUAUGCGUCCUGUUCCUUAUGCUAGCUUGAGCUAUUAUCAUGAAAGGGUUCUUCCUCACAUGCAAAGGCAUGGAAUAUUGAAGUUCACUAGAACUGAUUAUAGGCUUGCUAACAAUGGUUUACCUGAAGAGCUCCAGAAGUUGCGCUGUCGAGUAAACUAUGAAGCAUUGAGAUUUACUCAGAGAAUUGAGGAAACAGGCAGAAAAUUUGUUAAUCUUCUAAAGCAGAAAGGUCCUUAUAUUGUUCUUCAUCUCAGAUAUGAAAAGGAUAUGUUGUCAUUCAGUGGCUGCACUGAAGGUUUAACUAGAGAAGAGGCUGGAGAGUUGAAAGAAAUGAGAUAUUCUCAUGAUGGAUGGGCACAUAGACCAUUGGAUGGUAGAAGAAGAAGAGAGAAAGGUUUUUGCCCGUUAACUCCUGAGGAAACUGCUCUUGCAUUGCAGGCAUUAGGCAUUGAUAGGAACACCACUAUUUAUCUUGCUGCUGGAGAAAUAUACAAUAAAGAUAACAGAAUGGUAAACCUGACAACAGCUUAUCCAAAUCUGAUUGGGAAAGAGAAUGUAUUGAAUGCCUCUGAACUCAUGCCGUUCUUGAACCAUUUAGAUCAGAUGGCAGCAUUGGAUUAUAUUGUUGCGUUGGAGAGCGACGUGUUCAUUCCUACUUUUGAUAGAGGAAACAUGGCAAAAGCUGUUGAAGGCCAUCGCCGAUACUUGGGAUUCAGAACAACAAUCCUCCCAAACAGAAAGCUUUUGGUCAGCCUGAUUGAUGAGUACAGAACUGGAACUCUCAGCUGGGAUGAAUUUUCCUUGUUAGUGAAGAAAGCUCAUGAAAACCGAAUGGGAAAACCAGAAAGAAGAGAGGAGAACCCUUAUCAUCCCAGUUACGAAGAUUACUUCUAUUCCAAUCCACAGGAAUGUUUGCCACCAUUUGCAGAACCGGCAUACUAGUAGAUAAAUUAUUUCUAUUCAUUUACCAUUUUGGGAGAAAGACAGUUGCAUACAGCUUUGAUGAUUUUUAUAAAAUAUUUUAAAGAAC